CUCAUUUGUUCGUUUUUUUAUGUUUUUGUGAGUUUUUAGUAAGAGUGAGCCUUCAUAAUCGGAACUAAACCCUAUAUUUUAGGAUUUAGUUCUUUCUUUUUGGAGCAGUUAUUCAUUUUUUUGGCUUUGAACGUGUCUAAUUGUCUUUAACAGAUGAGGCAGCAGGUGUGGGAGAGCUCCUGUCAGGUGUGUGUGGGCUCAUAGUGUGACGGGUGCAGAGCGGCGUGGAGGGGGAUGAGGACCAUUCUUCCUCUGUGUGGAGGUGGAGGUGUUGGUGACGAUGAAGAGGAGCCCCACAGCCACCACCGCAGCUGGGUGGGCUGGAUGAAGAGGCUGCUGUGGGUCAGGUCGAGUCGCUGCGUGGACGUGCACACGGACACGGAGCCCGGCGUGUGGCUAAGGAGCUUCCACUCUCUGGACAACGGUGGACAAAAUGAG